AAUUCCUUCGCACUUAUGUAAGGAAGGUGCGAAUCCCGUGUCGAUGUUUCAAGUUGUCGCGGAGUUCGGUCUCUUCACCCACCCGCUACCGAAAGACCCCGUUAACCCCGCUGCUGCCCAGAUGUCAGGCGGCCUGUAAGCAAAUAUCAAGGUUCAAGCUCUUUGUGUUCGCCUUCCACGUUAUCAGAUAAAUAGGACACACAAUACAGUUGGUUUGGCAGCACAUUCACACUUCGUCCACCUCCCAUCGAACAUCUUCGGCUAGUUAACCCAGAAGUGCGAAUCAAACCAAGCAUGGCUCCCCCCAAGUCACUCGAGAACAUAGCCGUUGUCGGCGCCACUGGACACAUCGGCGGGGUCAUUGUGUCCGCGCUGCUCAAGACCGGCAAGCACACCAUCACCGCCCUGACUCGCGCCGCGAGCAGGGGUGUCCUGCCGGCCGGCGUCAAGCGCGUCCAGGUCGACUACAACGACCAGGAAACGCUGGUCGCCGCUCUGCGCGGCCAGGACUUCCUCAUCAUCACCCUCGCCGUCAGGGCGCCUGGGGACACCCACAGCAAGCUCGUCCAGGCCGCCGCCGCCGCCGGCGUGCCGUACGUCAUGCCCAACAACUACGGCAGCGACAUCCGCAACCCCAAGCUCGCUGAGGAUACCUACGGGGCCGUGAUCAAGGAGCAGAUCGACGAGAUAGAGAGACUCGGGGUGGCCUACGUCUCGCUGGCGUGCGCCGUGUGGUACGAGUGGAGCCUGGCCCUGGGCGAGCCGUGGUUCGGCUUCGACAUCAAGGCCCGCAAGGUGACCUUCUUCGACGACGGCAAGACGGUGGUCAACACGAGCACCUGGGAGCAGUGCGGCCGGGCCGUGGCCGCGCUGCUCAGCCUGCCCGAGACGGGCGCGUCGCCCGCGCUGGCCGACUGGAAGAACGAGCCCGUCUACAUCCGCAGCUUCCAGGUCAGCCAGCGCGAGAUGCUCGACAGCCUCCACCGCGUGCUCGGCACCACCGACGCCGACUGGACCAUCUCGUACGAGCCGGCCGCCAAGCGCGCCCAGGACGGGCAGGCCGAGCUCGCCAACGGCGUGCUCACGGGCGUCGCCAAGACCAUGUAUGCUAAGUACUUCAUGCGCUCCAAGGCGGGCGAGCUGGACUUCCCCAAGCUGGACAACGCCGUGCUCGGCCUGCCGGAAGAGAGCUUGGACGAAGCUACCAAGCGCGCUGUGGAGAUGGUCGAAAGCGGCUGGAACCCGCUUGAUGGUUGAUUUUAGUGUGUUCUAAUUAGCUGGAAUUGCGAAGAGACCGUUUCGUGUCUGCUUUCGCUGACAGCCUGAUUCUGGCGAUGCCGACUUUCAUACUGCGACGGCCCUAAGAUCCCUUGAGCGAAAAACGAAGCCUGG